AUGCCUACUUUACCGUUCUUUCUUGCGACCAAACUCACUAACGUGGCUCUUGUAUCCUCUUGGCUUUCGAUGAUGGGAGUUGAGUCCGACAUUAUUGCUGGGACCAAAAGUGCUGCAGGGAGGGGUAGGGGUGCAGAAGUAUGUCUGCGCUACGCUGCUCACAAGAGCAAAGAUGUGAACAGCUUUGACAACUUUGAAACGCUGCUCCUCGCUCUUCAAAUUUCAUCCUCGCGAAAGCUACCCAUCCAACUUUACACAUGUCCUCCCUAUCUUUCUCGUUCCGCGCACCGAAAACUGCCCCACAACUCCCCACUCCAAAGCCCACAUUCCGAGUCAACUCCUUAG